AUGGUGAAUGGACGCGUGAAGUUGGGUCGAGGGCAGACCAGCCAGUGUGAAGCCAAAUACUGCCUGCCCUUCACCGCUUCACCUGAUGUUUGUAGCCCGACGAGUCAACGUGAGCACGCACCCAUCAAGAAUCACUCCCAUCAAGAAUCACUCCCAUCAAGAAUCACUCCCAUCAAGGAUCGCAUCACCUCAAAGUCGCUCUCAGCACCAUAUCCCACUUUCCAGGCCGAACGAUCUUUGACGGCUCAGGUCACCUUAUUGGUCAGCGUCACGAAAAUCCUGCCUGGACGGGGUCCUGGCAUUGGGUUCGCGAAUGAGGGAUCAUUCAGACAAACUGCCUACUUUUAA